CGAUGUUUUUAAAAAAGCAUACGUUUGUGAAAUGUCGCAUAGCAAUAUUCAUAUUAGUAUUAAUCAUAUACCAAUCUCAUCACAUUUUGUGGUGAGAUUUUUUCGGAUCUUGAACGUCGUAUCGCUUCAUUCACUUACUGCCGACAAUCAGUCAGCUGCCAAAUUCUGAGCUAUAAUUUGCUUCUUCCAUAAUAUUUACAAGCACGUGCAUAUGUCAAAAUAUGUCAUUGUAUACAGCGAUAUUGGAAAUGUCAGAUAAAGGGAUUUUAUAUAUAAAGAUUCAUGUUAUUUUUCAAGCAUGUCAAUAUUUUUUCAAUGACAUUAUUUCUUUUUGAUUUAAUCUAAACUUGCAUAAGUUACAGAGAGAGAAACGGGCGAAUUGGAAAGGGAGAGGGAAAUUAAGGUGGAGAUAGAGAGUGGUUGGGGGUUGGAGAGAUAUCGGGAUAAGGGAGCCGGAGAAAAGAGAGAGAGAGAUAGGUUACACCAUACCAUGGCGUUUAGGGCUCGUGUAUUACUGCAUUGGCGGAUGCUCAUUAGCUCGUUGUAUUUCACAUUCGGUCAGGGUAUCUCCGCUACAGAACCCAUACGCUUUAUCUCUCUCUUGCUUCACCCUCUCUAUCUAAAGCACACGCGACACAUAAACAAAUCAACGAGAGUGCAUGGGCAGAGAAAGAGAGUGAUAUGGUGAUGGUGAUAGAAGGUUAGAUACUCAACAUAUGGACAUUAUCUUCUGAAGACGUAUCCCUUUGCGAUAACAGCUUUCCGCCGAGAUAGGAGGAAAAGCGAAGAAAUAACAGUUUGGAUGAUUCGAUGGCAAUACACUGAUAAACAUGUGUUGGACGUCACCAGUAGGAUGCGUGGUUUGUAAAGGAAUACACACUUUCGAAACAGUAUAGCAUCGGUAGAGGAGACCGAAAACUAAAAAGAAUGGCGGCUCUGACAACGGGGGCGACUCCAUACUCAGACGGACUGGAGGUGAACUUUGGUGGGGGUCCAGCCCGAGAGCCUCCCCCACCCUCACCCGAGGUCACACAGAAGAAGACUAAAUCACCCGCGGGUUUCAUCGUGUCUCUGCUGACCAGUAAUCGUUCUCUCUUCAUCUUCAGCGAGGAGAACUUCAUUCGGAGAUGUGCAAAAUGGCUAACCGAGUGGCUUCCGUUCGAGUAUUUCAUCUUAGCGACAAUCAUAGCCAACUGUGUAGUGUUAGCAUUGGAUACACAUCUCCCUAAAGAAGACAAAACGCCCAGGUCAAUAGCAUUGGAGGACACUGAAAUAUACUUCCUCGCCAUUUUCUGCUUGGAAGCAGGGAUCAAAAUCAUAGCUCUGGGUUUCUUACUACAUGAAGAAUCGUAUCUACGGAACGGUUGGAACAUUAUGGAUUUCAUUGUCGUAGUCACAGGUACUGUGUCAGUAGUAGAAGCGAGUAAUGCUACUCAAUCUGGUGGGUUUGAUCUGAGGACUCUACGAGCAGUCAGGGUGUUGCGACCCCUCAAACUAGUGUCUGGUAUCCCAAGUCUCCAAGUUGUUUUGAAAUCCAUCAUCAGAGCAAUGGCCCCUCUCCUUCAAAUCACUCUCCUCAUUCUCUUUGUAAUCAUCAUCUUCGCCAUCACCGGUAUGGAGUUUUUCAUGGGAAAAUUCCACCAAACUUGCUAUGUAUUCGACCCAAUUUCAGGCAAUGAAACGCGGGAGAUAGCGGAGGAUAAUCCUCAAGUGUGUGGCUACAGGCAAUGUGGAGACUUUGAAAAUUGCACCGGAUACUGGGAUGGACCAAAUUUUGGAAUAACAAACUUUGACAACAUGCUGUAUGCUAUGUUAACUGUGUUCCAAUGCAUUACCAUGGAAGGAUGGACAGAUAUCAUGUAUAACUGCAAUGACUCAGAGGGUCCUCAGUUUGUCUGGGUCUACUUCAUUCCACUCAUCAUUCUGGGUUCAUUCUUCAUGCUCAAUCUCGUUCUUGGAGUUCUCAGUGGAGAAUUUGCGAAAGAAAGAGAGCGAGUGGAGAACAGAAGAGCGUUCUUGAAACUGCGAAGACAACAGCAGAUAGACAAAGAGCUGAUGGGAUACCUAGAGUGGAUAUGUAAAGCAGAGGAAGUUAUGCUCAAUGAUAAAUCAAUAUCUGAAGAAGAACGGGAAGCAAUUGAAGAUCGGCGGCGUGAUGCCGCUACAAGAACAGAGGAUCUGGGUAAUGGCAAACCAUCAGGUGCUGACGUAGCAUCUAGUUAUGACUUAGACACUGAUAAAGACCCUAACUCUAACUCUCCUACCAAAGAAAAAAAGAAAAAGAAGCGGAAGAAGAAGUUUGUGCGGAUCAGACGUGCAGAGAAACGGUUACGCUUCGCCAUUCGUCAUGCGGUCAAGACGCAGGCUUUCUAUUGGCUAGUCAUCGUCCUUGUAUUUCUCAACACCAUCUGUGUAGCUAUAGAACACUACAACCAACCCCAUUGGCUAGAACAAUUCUUAUACUAUGCAGAAAUAGUGUUCCUUUGUAUCUUCAUAAUGGAAAUGGUCAUAAAGUUAUAUGGCCUGGGGCCUGGGGUCUACUUCCAAUCAGCUUUCAACAAAUUUGACUGCAUUGUUAUAUGCGCGAGCAUGUUCGAGGUAAUCUGGACUAAAUAUAAAGAAGAGUCAUUUGGCCUUAGUGUACUUCGAGCUCUUAGACUCCUUAGGAUAUUCAAAGUAACAAGGUACUGGACCAACUUGCGUUACCUGUUGAUUUCCUUGGUGCAUAGCAUUCAGUCCAUAGUCAGUCUGGUAUUCUUGCUAUUCCUCUUCCUUGUCAUCUUUGCUUUACUUGGUAUGGAGUUCUUCGGCGGAGAAUACUGGUCCUCCUUGCGGAACCUAGUGAUAUCCCUGUUAAGUAGUAUGCGUUCCAUUGUUAGUCUCCUCUUCCUCCUCUUUCUCUUCAUCCUCAUCUUCGCCCUCCUAGGGAUGCAGCUAUUCGGUGGAAGCUUCAAUUAUGACGCGACACAGGCAAAACCUUCCAGUAAUUUUGACACCUUCUGGAUAGCUCUCAUAACAGUAUUUCAGAUCCUAACUGGGGAGGACUGGAACGUCGUGAUGUAUCAGGGCAUCAAGUCCCAAGGCGGGGUACCAAACGGAAUGUGGGCGAGUAUCUACUUCGUCAUUCUGGUGCUAUUUGGCAACUACACACUGUUGAAUGUCUUCCUUGCCAUUGCCGUGGACAAUCUGGCCAACGCCCAGGAGCUGACCAAGCUAGACCAGGAGGAAGAUGAGGAGAACAGGCAGGCCGCUGCUAAUGAGCUCCUGGAGCUUCAGGCCCAGCAGACACCUAACAUGAGCAGGAGAGGAUCUCCCAACCCGGAUAACCCAUCAAUUGAGGAUGGCACUAACAUACAGCUGAAUGACAUGAAAGACCCACAGAGGAUGAACGGAGAUCACAACGGAGAGAUGGUAGAGGAAGACGAUCCCAGUGGCGACUCCAAGAGCUGGUAUCGGAGGCUUUACCAUCAGCUGAAUGUUCACGGCGUACCUUGGCUGUGCCCAUCCUGCGAUAAUUGUCACUGUCCUUGUGUUUGUGAGUGUAGCUGUUCCUGCCAAAUGAGAAAGAAAGCCAACAACAACAAAGAACAAGAAGCGGAAGACGAGAACGAUGAAUCGUUUCAUCCCAAGCCGAUGGUUCCUUAUAGCGCCCUCUUUAUAUUUAGCACCACCAACCCUGUACGCCGUUUCUGUCACUACAUAGUCACACUACGCUACUUCGACACGAUGAUUAUGGUUGUGAUUGCCCUUAGUAGUAUUGCCUUAGCUGCAGAAGACCCCAUAGAUCCCGACAACAAAAGAAACAAAGUUCUAGAAUACUUUGACUACAUCUUCACAGGAAUCUUCACCAUUGAGAUGGUACUGAAGAUCAUGGACAUGGGUCUCCUCCUUCACAAGGGCGCCUACAUGCGAGACCUCUGGAACAUCCUGGAUGCUAUAGUGGUUGUUUGUGCCUUAUUUGCUUACGCCUACCGGGGGGAUGAGACAGAUGGUGCCAGACUUCUACCCACAUCAAUGACAAUGUUGGAAAGUGGUGGAACAAGUGGAGGACCUCAGCAACUGAACACCAUCAAGUCACUUAGGGUACUGAGGGUGUUACGACCGCUCAAAACCAUCAAGAGAGUUCCAAAACUAAAGGCCGUGUUUGACUGCGUGGUGAACUCGGUGAAGAACGUCACCAACAUCGCUAUCGUCUACCUCCUCUUCAUGUUCAUCUUCGCCGUCAUCGGCGUCCAACUCUUCAAGGGAAAAUUCUUCCACUGCUCCGACCUGUCUAAAGUCACCGAGGAAGAAUGCCAGGGAAGAUAUUUCUUGUAUGAAGGAGACCAAAUUAAAGAAAGUGCUGACCGAGUGUGGGACAAGUAUGAAUUCAACUAUGACAAUGUCGCCUUAGCCAUUCUCACUCUCUUCACUGUGUCAACUGGGGAGGGAUGGCCAGAUGUUCUGAAGCAUUCUAUUGAAGCUACAGAGGAAGGAAUGGGUCCCACUCCAUACAAUCGGAUUGAGAUGUCACUCUACUACGUGGUCUACUUCAUUAUCUUCCCUUUCUUCUUUCUCAACAUCUUCGUUGCCUUGAUCAUCAUCACCUUCCAGGAACAGGGCGAUCAGGACUUCUUCGACGGUGAAAUCGAUAAGAACCAGAAACAAUGCAUAGAAUUUUGCAUCACUGCCAAGCCUGUGGACAGGUUCAUGCCAGAAAACAAGAAUUCAUUCCGUUUCAAGGUGUGGAAGUUGGUAGUGUCGUCAGCGUUUGAGUACUUCAUCAUGACUCUCAUCACGCUAAACACCUUUACGUUAAUGGUGAAGUAUCAUGGCCAGCCGGAGAUUUACUCAGCCAUUCUCAAAAACCUCAACAUUGCAUUCACUGUCCUCUUCACGAUAGAAGCCAUGCUCAAGCUUACGGCAUUUGGAAUAAGGAAUUACUUCAAGGAGGGAUGGAACACGUUCGACUUUAUCACGGUGGUGGGGAGCGUGGCCGAUGUCAUCAUUUCAGAAGUUGGGGACGGUUUCAUCAACCUGAGCGUGUUGAGAUUAUUUCGGGCAGCCAGGUUAAUCAAACUUCUAAGACAAGGUUCCUCAAUUCGCAUUCUUUUGUGGACCUUCAUUCAGUCAUUCAAGGCCCUACCAUGGGUUUGUCUGCUGAUAUGGAUGCUGUUCUUCAUCUAUGCAAUCAUUGGAAUGCAGAUUUUUGGUAACAUAGCACCAAUAGACGGACAGCAAAUUAAUCGUCACAACAACUUUGGCCAAUUCUUCUCGUCGUUACUGUUGCUGUUCAGAUGUGCUACAGGCGAAGCAUGGCAGUCCAUCAUGAUGAGCUGUCUACCAGGCGCUGCUUGCGCUGACCCGGACCCUAAUAACCUAUCUGGUAUCAAAGAAUUUGAUACUUGUGGCUCCUACUUCUCCUAUGUCUACUUCGUGAGCUUCAGCUUUCUCUGCUCUUUCCUUAUGUUGAAUUUGUUUGUUGCUGUCAUCAUGGACAACUUUGAUUACCUGACUAGAGAUGCAUCUAUUCUAGGAGCUCAUCAUUUAGAUGAAUAUGUCAGGAUCUGGGGCGACUUUGACCCCGUCGGAAGUGGGAGAGUGCUGUACAAAGAUAUGUAUGACAUGUUGAAGAACAUUGAGCCUCCAGUGGGUUUUGGUAGGAACUGUCCGUACAGAAUUGCAUAUAAGCGCUUAAUCCGGAUGAACAUGCCAGUAGAUGAAAAUAAAAUGGUACAAUUUACAUCAACGUUAAUGGCCCUGAUUAGAACAGCCCUAGAUAUCAAGAUUGGAUCAGUGGCUGAUCGAGAUCGUCACGAUGCUGAGCUGAGGGAAGCAGUCAAGUGUUUCUGGCCUCACCUCUCGGGUGACAAACUAGACCUUCUGGUGCCUCCAGACAGCGAAUUGAUUGGAGAGAAGCUGACCGUGGGGAAGAUCUAUGCAGCACUUCUGAUCUAUGAGACCUGGAGAGAAUACAAGGCCAAGAUUCAAAGAGACGGACAUGCUAGAACGAUGCGUGAAGUUAUAGAAUUGGUCUACUUCAAGUACCUCUACAAGAAGUAUCCAGGCUUCGACAUCAACGACGAGCGCUACCAGAACACCUUUUCCGACGAGUUUCGUCGAUUCAUACUGGCAGCCCAGAAGCGUCCAUCACUCUUCCGACGCCUGGUUGGUGCCGUUAAGAAGAACAGCAAUGAGAACUUGCCUGGACUUGCGGAAGAGGGUGGAAGCACCAGCGGGACUGUGGCCAUCAAGGAAGAGAAGACGCCCUCUCCUCCGCCCAAGGAGAAAGAGAGACCACGCCCAGGAAAGGUAGUAACUACCCUCCCUAGGAUCGACAGCUCUGGAUCAGAGGGGCUUAUGGUAGACCAACCGCUCAAGCAAGCCUCACCAAAGCAAGCCGAGCGCUACCAGAGGAAAGGUCGUGACCCCGAUAGGGAGAGUCGUCACCACCGCUACAGGGAACCACCCGACAAUUCCAGGACCCUCCCCUUGGACCCCUCUGAAGACUGUGUGGCCCCAGUUAGUGGGAACACAGACCUGGGCCUAUUAGACUUGGGUCUGGACCUGACCGGUGUAGCCCUAAGUGACCAAGACGAGUUCUUAAUGUCCCAGUCUACAAACAUGACUAGUAUCUAUGGAGAAUAUGACAAUCAUUCAUAUGAAUACGAUGAGGAGGAGGAGGAGGAGGUCGAUCUGGGUGUUGAGGGCACGUCUGCUCUUGAAGAACAAGAAUUUGAAGAUGAUAAGGCGAUUGAAAUGUCGGACAUCAGGUACCGAGAUAGAGAUGAGAGGGGGAAAGGAGGUCCUGUAGAUCGCAGGGAAAGGCAUUCGAUGGACAAGCAUGCCAUACAGUAUUCAAACAACACGACAGGUGGCAAUACACCGUACUCUCACUCCGAUUACAGCCUGGCCAGGGGCGGGACAGGGAGGGACCGCGAAAGGGACCGUGAAAGGUCCAGCGAAAGGGCCAGACCCCGGGUAAGGCAUUCCGUCGCUAUUAGUAGCGAUGAAGUGCCGUUCUCAGACCGGGAACGCUUUAGCGAAGAAAGGAGACAUUACCCUGAACGUGACCGUGAGAAUGCAAGCAGAGAGAAACGACACUCCUUACCUCCCGUUAACAAUUUUGACCAAAUGGAACGUCCUCGCGGGAGGCCCCCUCAGUCAAUGAGCCAAGGUGGGCUCAGUGGCCGAUCGGGCAGUAGCGAUGGACAUGGAAGCACUGGGAAUAAAGCUAUAGAUGCCAUUCUCAAAAAGGGUAGUGAUAUUCGGGCCCAAAACAGGCAGGAUCCAACCGGUCAUGGCCAAACACCUAGAGAUGGCCAACCUAGAGAUGGCCAACCUACAGAUAGAGAGAGAAAGAUGGGAAUUCCUAGACAGCGUCCCAGACAAGGGUCCCUACCAGCUCCUCCUAUAACCGGAUCCCAUAGCAUGCCUGCCUUUGAUGACGGGCGCCCAACCAGACAAAGACAUUCUGUUGGUUCUCCUAGCAUGCCUGACUUCCAGGGCAGGGGCACUCCUCGACAACCUGGUGGUGGGUUCACCAGCACCCCUGCAGGAGACGACAGAAGAGACCAACGCAGACCAUCUGGUGAACCGUCUUCCAGAAAACGAUCGAACCGACACGAUGACGCCUUAAUAGACACUAGACCGCCUCAGCAGGACAUUAUACCGGAAGAGGACGAAGGUGUUCCACCUGACGGUAGUGAUGUCCUCCGACGCACAGCGCGCAAUAAUAGAAAGAAUAGCGGCGGCCAUCUUGGUCAGUACCAAAAGUUUGAUAACUCCCUAGAUAGUGAGGAACCCCCUUCCCAAGCCCCCGGCCAGGAUGUGAGAGGAGAAAGAGAUACGGUGGAAGGUAGCUACUAUAACGAGGAUGCUGUAUCCUCCAACAAUCGUGCAUCAAACUACGCUAGACCAACAGAGGGUGCUAGUAGUAGUAGCCGUCAUGAACGGCUCGAUUCCGAGGACAGCGUAUCAUCCUCACAGCCUCUCUUGAGUCCAGGGCGGUCCCCGUCUCCUAGGAGAAGAGCACCUAUAAGCACUCGUGAUGUAUCCCCUCAGCGGUUUCCACCUUCCCACUCCCCUUCUAGCAGGAGGAGGGACAGGCAUCGUGGUCCAGACUACGUUGAGUUCCAUGACAGGGACAUGUAUGACGAGCCUUCUUACGACGACCCGUUUGGACCUGAGCGCUCUGGAGGAAGUAGUCACCGUCGCCCAUCCCCAGGAUGGAGGGAGCCUAGAGAUUUACUUCAAGCUGGCCCUUCUCAGUCACGAGCAUCAAGUAGCGAGCGGAUGGACCCUGAGAGUGCCCAGUCUAGCCCACCUUCAAGGAAGCACACCGGUCGCAGAUUACCCACAGUUCCAGGUGAAACCCGCGGGGGCGGCGGUGGUGGUGGUGGGGGUAGCGUCACACCUAGGCAGAGGCAGCGUCCCACUGUACCACGCAGCAGAGACCAUAGUCCUAUGAGGCUACCACCACCACAGCAUGGUGGACGUAACAGCGGAGGGGGUAGCAAGGGGGAUGUCAGACUCCAAAUGGAUGAGAGACCUCCUCAUUAUGAUGUAGUGAUGCGAACUCAAGACGCGCCUUCUCCAGACCAACAUGUAGACCCCCGUAUGCCUAAUGGCUUUAGACCAGGGGGUGUGGAAAAGGGGCGUGGUCAUGGAACGCAGGGACAUAGCCCCCGUAGGACACCGCAGGGUGUACCUAGAGGACCUGGACGUAAACAUGUGACUGAUAAUGGACAAGGUGGCAACGGUGGGUACUCCGAUACUGAGGAGGAUGAGUGGGCGUGAUGUAUAUAGUCAAUUCAAUUCCUUCCACUUUUUUGACUUUUGAACAUUUCAAUCAAAGUAUGUGACAGUGCUUCUCUUUUGAAUUGCUAACUUGUGUAAUUCUAUAUAUUUGAUUUAUAACGUUGCAAUGAAUGACAGUGCCAUGUAGUCUUGCAGAUGAGGAGAGUUCUGAAUAGCAGUAAACUUAGCCCUUUUCUUUGAGUAUUCUUUAAAAAAUAUUGCAUAGAAAUUCAGAAUACUUGAUGUGCAAAGUACAGGUUUUGUAGAUAAUACUAGCUUAUAAGCAAGCUGACAGAAUAUGUAUUCUAGAUCUGAAACCAGUUCUUUGGUCUUUCCAUUAUGAUUUAUAUGAUCCCAUAUUGAUAAUUUUUGUCAUAUACAUAUACAUGUUUCAUUUGAAAGUGUGUGAUGGGGGUGCCGCCAUCCACCCUAUAUGGACUUAAAUACCAUUACCAAUUCGUUCUUUUUCUUAUACUCUCUCGAGGAUGAUCUAAACCAUUUACCCAAUAUGCUCAAUUCCUUAUGGAGCAUGCAUAAGACAUAUUGAUCAGAUGGGGGUAUAUGAAGCAUAUAUUAACCUGUGUGUCAUAUAGCUUAUGCUUGGAGAUCAUAUGCAUUGAAACUUAAAUCUCCCAUGCAAUGGGGCUUCAGUGCAAUUAAAUAUGAGUAGCUUACAAAAAUCUUAUAUAUAGAUCUGUAACAUACCCAGUAGAUAUUUGCGGUGAUCGGUUUUCUCCACUUUCGGAUGGUAAUGGCAAAUAAAAUUCACACAGGCAUGUAGCAUAUUGUAGUUAUAUUAAUAUCAUAUAUACUAUUUACAGAAAAUUAAUACAUGUAUUUAAAAGGGCCAUAGAAGUGUAAGUAGCUGAAUAUGUAAAUGAAUUUUUGAGAGGUUAGUACGAUUCUGAUUAUAUCUAUUAUAUGGGACAAAAAAAUGGGCCUGCAAUAAUUAUGUUGCAUAAUUUUUCAAAGUGUAAAUUACAUAGAUGUAUGAAAGAUUUGUUAGGGAAUGCAAAUGAUAUAAUGUACCCCUAGCUGCACAGAUUAAGAACUCCUGAACAAUCACAAUGCACUUUGAACAAAGUAAUAACAUAUGAGUUUCUUCCACUAUCCCCACACAAUCCAUUUCUCUAUCAUUAGCUAUUCUAUCAGCAUCAUAUUAUGUUGUCAUAUCAUAAAUUUCUUUGUCCAAUAUUUUGGAGAGAUUUUAAUAAUUGUAGGAAUCUCCUAUAGUAAAUAUUUUAGUUGUUUCCUUUAUACUUGCUGAAUAAGUAAUAAUUGAGUUUUGAAUGUGUUUUUUUAUAAAUAUUAUUUCUUUGAUAUGCUUAAUGUAAGCAUUUAAGUGCCAUUAGUUUGCUGUUUGUAUGUCUUUUAUUAUUUUGCAAUGGUUCAAGCCAUAAGCAGGGUCUGCCAUGCGUUCUACCAAGGAACCAUAUUAUUGUUAAAACAAUUAUAUUUCUUCCUUGCUUUUCAUGUACAGUUUGUUGAUGAAAAGUUGACUUUCUUCUUAGAACAAUGUACAUGUAUAUGAGGUAGUGCAUUAAGAACGCAUUGUUGUUUUAUCAAUCUAUUGUACAGAUAUAUUUAUUAUGCCUAUCUACAGUAUCAUGUUAUAACAUGAUCGUUGUGAAUAUAUUAUAUAUAAAUAUAUAUAUAAUAUACAUAUACUUAUAUACAUGAAUUAUUGCCAUAGCAAUUUUAUAACAUAUCUGAACUUCUGUGUACUUUCUAUUCCAUGUUAUGAUAUUGUUGCACAGUUGAUAACAACAGAAGCUUUUCAGGAUGUAUUAUACAUAGCAUCGUAACGCGUUCAGCACAUUCCAUAAGUAACAGAAACUAUCAAAAAUGUGCAAUCGUCAUUAUUGUAGGAAUCAUUAUUUGAUUUUUCAACUAUAACCAGAAUUAGAAUCAUCCCAUAAAGUGCAUGCAAGCACAGCAAUGGCUGAAAACAAACUAGAGCAUGAAAUAUACAUCGAUAGUUUGGGUCGUGUGAACCAAUAUAAACUGGUUUAUUGCAGUUAAGCUUCGCUCGAACUGCCGCUGGGAGUGGUUUUCAACUGGGCAUGUAUAGUUGGAACCUUCCCCCACCCAAUCAAGUAAUUGUCAUGUAUUUGUAGUAUAGAAUGUAAACAUUAAGUAGCGGUCUAGUAACAAACUCUAACCAGUUUUAUAUUGGUUAUGACGUGAAGUCGGUUUUGCAACAAUAUUUUUUUGUUUGUCUCACUUUGCUCAGCAGUUUGAUGUAUGGUAUCUAUAACGAUAUUAGCCAUGUCAUAAAAGAUGUUUCACAACUUUGAACAAUAAUCAUGUUAUCCCAAGUCUUUAUGAACACAGCAAGUGAACUAUUCAGUGAUUGCGUGCAAAUGUUUACUCUCAUUAGGUAACAUACAAUGAUAUUGUAGUCAGUUACUCAUGUAUAUAUUGAAUCAUGUAUAGGUGUGUGCAAUUUUCAGUCUUUAACUUCAUAGCGAUCGAGAAAGAGAAGAGACGAUAGAUUCCUAGUUUUUGGAUAUUUUCAAUUCUCAGUUUAUCUGAAUGAUUUAAGUGCCUACAUAAUUGUAGAGCUUUAUAUGUUUUAUGUGACUGGUAGGAUAAAGGGGGGACGUGGGGUAUCUCCCUCCCCCCUUCUCUACUGGUCUCGGGUGCUUCAUUAUUUGCCAUGGCAGGUUUUUUAAGCCAAUGUUGAGUAUCGUAUGCAGUAGAUUUUCUGUUCUUCUUUGCAAGGGAUUGUAUCUUUCUAUACAUGCAAUUCUGAGAUCACCUCCCCUUUACUGAUGUUCUUUUGUUUUUAGACCGACAGACCUGAGCAACAUUGUUUCAGAAUUAUUUCUGAGUUGUCUAGUGAUGAUUUGGAAAGGGAUGGAUUUUUAUUACCAGUAAAGGGUCUCAGUUUUACCCUGCUACGUAUUUGUCAUUGUGUACCUCAGAUUGUAUCAAAUCUUGUUUAUUUUUACUUGUGAUUCAGGUCAUUUUACUCUCAAUGUAUAUGCUUCUUUUUUUGUACAAUGUGGGCAACUGUAUAAAAGUAAAUGGAAACAAGUCAUAAAAGAGAAAUUGUAACCAUGGAAUUACUAAUUAGUCUCAUAUUUACGACCAAUUACACAUCCUACCUAUGUUUUUGACUUCACAACUGAGAGCUUUGAAUUGACAAGUUAUAAACUAAUUUGAGCAAUUUUUUCGAGAACAAAUCUAACUAAUUUUACCCUCUUUAAAUUUGACUUUUAAAAGCAAAGUAAAAUAUGUACAUAAUGUCUGUUAGAUAAUGAUGUAUUCUUCCAUAAUUAUGUUAAUAUCUACUAUAAAAUGCAUGGGCAUAUUGUUACCCAAAAUAUUGGUUUUGAAUGCUAUUGUACUCACAUGAAAUACUUUUUAUAUAAUCUGAAUGAUAUUAGUGAAAAAAGCAUAUAGAAAUGAGUAUUUGUAUGUCAAGUUAUUUGUUUAAUGUAUUUGGAGUAUUGUGCUAUAAUAUUCCUCUUUAGUGCCAUAAGUACACAUUACAUGCACUACGAGAGGUACCAUUUUUUGUAUGGAAUGAUCAUAGUCAAGGCAUUAUGAGCUACUUCUAGAUAGCGUUACCAGUCUUGAUGAAACCAUUCCAAGCACUCUGUAUAAUAUCAUAUCUGAUCUGCAUACCAUCAUUCCUAUAUAACUUAUUGUGUACCUGGCAGGUUUCUUACCCAAACAAAGUCUAUACAAGACUUGUGGAAUCAUACAAUACAAUACGUAAUGUUUGUUGUAGGGGUAUUCAACAUCACUCCCCCAUCCUCUCUGAUCCUAUUUAGCUUGGGCACAUUUUCUACAUGUAUAGCAGAUUCAUGUGUCGACUUUUGUCAACAUUUAUCAUUUUUUUGUUGAUUUACAAAGAAAUAUCAAGUCUAACUAUGCAAAAUACUGUUAUGUUCUGCUGCUUUUAUUGUAAACAAAUUAUUAGGUUGAUGAGUUAGGUUUUCUUUUUGCUUUUUUAGAGUUCAAAGUAGUUAUAAUUUUUACUUGCUUGAGUAGAUAGGAAUUUUUAAAUGUGUUUUUUAUUUUAUUUAUUCUGUACUGAAAUCAACACCCUAUAUGUCCAACAGGCACAUGUACAGAAACGUUACUCUAGUAAAUAAAAUAAAUACUCUUGUAAAUCAGUUAAUCAAUUGCAUAGUGUAUACAACCAUAACCAGUUUUCGCUUUUUAUCUUUCACUCUGUUACCUUUCUUUCAAAACACUCAACAAUUUUGUAUUCCAAUGUUUGAAGACGGUUGAUUGGGUCAGUGGUUUGGCACAAGAAUGGGGAGGAGGAGGAAAGCAUCCAAUGGUUGUCAUGACAGCAGAGGAUGUAUUCUCACAGAAAACUUUGUACAUAGAUGUGGGCAGCACCGUGACCCUGCUGGCGGCCUGGCCUGGGCAGCUAUUGGAUGCGAAAGAUCUCCUUCUGAUGCCAAGCCUCUGCUUCCAAAUUUGAUGGAGGGGUAGAUCAUAUACAAUCACUAGGCCAGCAUUGGACAUAUCCUCUUGUAUGUUGGUAUGGUUUUUUGAGAGAGUAGGGUUGGGCACCAGACAAAGUGGAAGUGUCCUGAAAAAGAGGAUUCCAUAUGAAAAUUGAUUAGAGGGAGGGGAAGUUACUAAAACUAACAAACCAGACAUGUUUCUCAAGUAAUAUCCUUGACAUUUAUAAAGCUGGCAUUACAGUUCCCAUAACUUACUGCUAUGGAUCCAAAUGAUUUGGUUAAAGCUUUAUUAAUUUCACAUUGGAAGGACUGAAAGAAAUUGUAGGAAACUCUCCUUCCCUGCUGAAUCAUUAAUUUUAUAUGAUUGCAACAUGAAAUCAAAACAAACAUGAAGUAUACAUUGGUAAGCUAUUAACCCAUCUCUAGAAAACAAGGCGAUAUCAAAAUCAUAAAGGGUAGCAAGUAGCACCCCCUCCCUCCAUGCAUUAGUGGUGUAAUCUUCAUUCAAGUGAAAUUUGAUAUGCAUGAUGCAUUGUGAAGAACAUAUCUGAACCGUAUGACGAAAAUGUUUGAGAUGUUUAUUGUGCAGAUUGGUGAUUUGCACUUGCAUUUCAAGAUGCUAAGUUUAUGCAGUGGUUAUAAAUAAGGGGGAAGGAAAAAAAGUGUUUGAUCUACAGCAUAUCCGAGGGACAGAGGUCUCAAGGUUGCUUGUAUCAUUCUUUUUGUUUUCAUUUUUUUUUCUUUCAUUGAUUAUUAGUAGAAAUGUAUGAGCUUUAGAAGAGUUUUUCUAUUUCUUUUGGGUAGUUUUUCCCCGAGAUGUAUGAAUUCACUUAUUGUAAUUAUACUUUCUUUUCUUUAUUUACUGCUUUCAUUAUCGAGAACAUCUGCAGAAUUUUUGUUCUUACUCAGUUUGCGAUCAAAUUAUUUGAUUUGUUGAGUGAAAUAAAUAAUAUGCCAAUUUGCACAAUUAUGAAAUAUA